GGGCGCGUGAUCUGGAUCGGGCGCUGCUUCCGCUUCCACUUCCGCUUCCGGGCCGGGGUCUGGAGCGUUGGUGCUGUGGCCGGGACCGGCGGGCAGAGCCAAUACAGCUGUGAGAUUAGAGCUGGAUUCCAUUAGUUAACGUGUGCAUCACCAGAAUUGCUCAGCAUGUUCCAGUAUCAGGGACUCCUUAUGACUGGUGAUGGGUGAGCCUGAAAGAACACAGCUUGACUUGUACAUCCCAGGGUCCCUUUUUUGAUCUCUUUCCAAAGACAAGAGGCCCUAGUUUGCCAGGAACCUGUAUUAACUGUUCAGGCUGGACUGAGGAUGGAAGGUGUUGAAUUUAAGGAAGAGUGGCAAGAUGAAGAUUUUCCCAGGCCCUUGCCCGAGGAUGACCAUGUUGAAGCAGAUACGUCAGAUGCAACUGGAAGAGAGGGACAUCCUGAGGUUAAUGGAAACAAAGUUAAAAAGAAACUAAUGGCUCCAGAUAUUAGUCUAACAUUGGAUCACAGUGAAGAAUCAGUUUUGUCGGAUGACUUGGAUGAGAGUGGGGAGAUUGAUUUGGAUGACCUGGAUACCCCAUCUGAGAAUAGUAAUGAGUUUGAAUGGGAAGAUGAUCUUCCAAAACCAAAAACUACUGAAGUAAUUAGGAGAGGAUCACUUUCUGAAUAUACUGCAGCAGAAGAGAGAGAGGAUGGGCGACGCUGGCGUAUGUUUAGAAUUGGAGAACAGGACCAUCGGGUGGACAUGAAGGCAAUUGAACCCUAUAAAAAAGUUAUCAGUCAUGGAGGUUAUUAUGGUGAUGGGUUAAAUGCCAUUGUUGUGUUUGCUGUCUGCUUUAUGCCUGAAAGCAGUCAGCCAGAUUACAGAUAUCUAAUGGACAAUCUGUUUAAGUAUGUUAUUGGCACUUUAGAAUUAUUAGUAGCAGAGAACUAUAUGAUAGUUUACUUAAAUGGUGCUACAACGCGGAGAAAAAUGCCAAGCUUAGGCUGGCUCAGGAAAUGUUACCAGCAAAUUGACAGAAGGUUAAGGAAAAACCUGAAAUCACUAAUAAUAGUUCAUCCUUCCUGGUUUAUCAGAACACUUCUGGCCAUCACAAAACCUUUCAUUAGCUCAAAAUUCAGCCAAAAAAUUAGGUAUGUCUUUACCCUGGCAGAGCUAGCUGAACUCAUCCCCAUGGAAUACGUUGUCAUACCAGAAUGCAUAAAACAGUAUGAAGAAGAAAAAUUUAGAAAGAAACACAAAAGAGUUGACCAAGCGCUCAAUGGGAAACAAGAACAGAAAAGUGAACAGUGAGUUUGGAGUCCAAACAUGACUGAAGAAUGUGCAGAUGGAAUGAUGCCUUUUUUGCAUUUUACAAUGCAUUCAGUAGCCUUUAUUAUAUAACCUGUUACAAAAGGUGCCUUGAUUUCUCUGGACUAGUAAACAGAGGACUGUUCACUGCUGUAUUGGUUUAAUUCUUGACUUUAAUAGCUAUCUUUUUAUAUGUAAUCGUUUUAUAUUGCUAAAUGUCAAAAACCUAGAUGUUGAUAAAAGGCAUUCUUGCAAUUGUUUAUCUAAAUGAUGCAUGUUCUUCAGUAAAAUAUUUAUAUACCUAAAUGUUAAACGAAAGAGAUAAUAUAUAUUUUUAUGACUUUUUGAGCAAUAUUUUGUUUGCCUGCAGAAAUGUGUUUGCAGGUAGACUAGGCCAUGAAUGACUGCUGUCAUUAUUUUGUAAAGUGCAUGAUGACUUUUUUUGCUGUAAAUGGUUAAACACAUUUCUUGGGUGUUGUGAGCCUAAUGUUUUGAGAUGUUAAUGUUCACAUGGUGCACUUUGUCACACUUGUGUGAUGAUGCUUGUUUUUGUUCACACACCUAAUACAAAUAGAACUAAUUUCCACUGCCAGAAUGAACUUGAGCUUUGGCUUCUUUAUUUUUUUUUUUCUUCAAAAUGCAAAACUGUGUAGGUCUUUUGAUUUUGUCCAUGCUUUGUUUGGUGUUUUAAGUCCCUCUAUCUCAACUGAGCAAUUCAGAUGACUAGUUGCACAAAGAACCUUUCACUCUAGGGUCACUAAUUUUAAUUUUACUUAGAUGUUUAGUAAAUGGUAACUGAAGAAACAACAGCUUUUAAUAUGAAAUGAACUUGUCCAGUUUCUUUUGAGCUGUCAGCUGGCAUUAAUAUAAACUUUUCAUUCUUGACAAAGAAAAAAAUUGCCUGGGCACAAAGACUGAAAUUACCUUUAGCCAAAUGAAAUAAACAGUCUGUUCAGGUGUGAUUGAGGUACCCUGGAAAAGUAUAGAGAAUCUUGCACUGUAUACCUCCAUGCUUUGUAGAAAGAUCUUCCAUUUCCAGUGCUAUCUGGCACUUUUCAACAGCACUAAAUUCACUUUAACGAAGUAAUAUCUUUUUUUUCUUUUUCUCUCUUCUUAAUGGUUGUCAAAUUUUCACUUGAUGUUCUUGGGCACAUAAGCCAAAGUUUGUUCUGGUAACUAAAUACAUGCUCCACUUUUCUGAUCUGUCUAAUACAAUAUGUAGGAACUCUCAAAUCUAUUUGGUAAUCAUGCCCUACUGCCUGUAAGAACUAGUGCAAGUGAAUCUGUUCAGGAGCUAAAUGUUUAGCUGACAUUAAAGCAAACUUAUUUAAUAUGUUCACUUCUAUUACUGUUGUGCUUACCGUUUGUCUUAAUCAAGCCUAGAACACCCAUUUUGAUAUUUUUACAAACAAUAUAUGUAGGGGAGUGCUAAUAUUUUCACAGUUCAUAUUUAUAAAAUAAACCCAACAUAUGGAGAAAGUGAAGUGGCAUUCAACUAGACAGUUAUUUAUCAGCGGGGUGCAGCAGGCAAAGGUUAAUCUUAAAGUUAGGAUUUACUAGUGAUGGAUCUUUUACCUCUCAUUGUCUCUUAUAAUUGUUGUAGGUGUGAGGCUAGCAGAUGCUGCUGCCAGAUAAAGGCAAUGAUCUGCAUUGGAGUUAACUCAUGCAGAUCAGGCACUCCAUCUUGAGGUGUAGGUUGUAGCUGUGUUGGUCUAAGGACAUAGGCAGACAAGGUUCUUUGGGUGAAUCUGAUAUCUUUUAUUAGUCCAACUUAAAUAGUUGGAAAACAAUUAUUAAGCAAGCUUUUGGGUUCAAAAACCCUUUGUCAGGCUGAGGAAGUUUCAGCAGUUGGUAUGUGCUUUUCCUGGAUAGAAUGAAAAAUAAAGAAGUCAGAGGCUGGGCUGGUAUGCAUACAAGAUAGGCAGUCAGUGAAGAUGUAGAUUGAGGAGUCAAUGGGUGAGAGACAGGCUGGCUGCGGGGGGAGAGAAGGGGGAUGAAUAGUGGAGAGGUAUCUGGGGAAUCAGAUGUCAGGCAGGUUAUAAUGUGUCAUAAAUCCAAUGUCUAUAUUUAGUCCAGGGGUGUACUUGGUAGCUAUGUUGGUCUAGGACAAAAAGACAUACAAAAAACUAGAACUCUUGGUUUCAAAAUGAUACCUUUUAUUAGACCAACUGGAAAAUGGCAAGAAAACUGUCCUUUUCCGUAAGCUUUUGGGAUCAAAGUUCCUUCGUCAGGCUCUGGGAAAAGUGUAGAUGGUACAAGAUGAUAAAAAUUCCCCAUAGGUAGGAAAUAAACUUCAUUUUUGCACAGAGGGACCUGAAGAUUUUUGCACAGAGGGACAGACUUCCAUCUUCAGCUCCCUCUGUGCAUCUUGUACCAUCUAUACUUUUCCCAGAGCCUGACGAAGGGACUUUGAUCCCGAAAGCUUGCAGAAAAGGACAGUUUUCUUGCCAUUUUCCAGUUGGUCUAAUAAAAGGUAUCAUUUUGGAACCAAGAGUUCUAGCUUUUUGUAUAUAUUUUGUCAAUGAUUUUUAGUAUCCAGGAGGUUGAUGAAGUGGAGUUCAUAGGCUCAUCUCUGGGAGGUGUUUUGUAAGUUUCGGCUGAGGAUCAGGACUGAGAGAUUGGAGAGAGUGGUUUUCAUGCGAGAAAUGCGCCCCCACAGGUAAUUGGGUACUCCUGUCUUUGACAGAUUUCCCAUGAAUUUAUUCUCUGCAUCUUACACUGCAGUUGAGUAAGAUGUGUAAGUUGAGUGUGUGCAUGCAAAUCUGUGACCUUCAUUUUACUUUUCUAGCCUUAAAUCUAACUUUUACCAAGUCUCUAGAGGCCUGGAAAAUUAGACGUUUUAUUUAAACUUAACUUUCACUGAAAAUAGGCAUAAUUUUUUUUUAAUUUAAAUUUUUUUUUAAAAAGUUCUGCAUAGAAAGCUUAUUGUUGCAGCAAACUAUCACAGGUAGCAGAAAGAUGCCUUCUCUUUUAUGUGAGGUAGCACAUAAUAGGUGAAGGUGUUUCAAAUACAAAAUGUUUGUUUCGCCUCAUGGGGAGACAAAAUUGUAGUAAUUCUCCCAGGCUCAGACAUGAUUUUGGUAUCCCAUUGUUUCCAUGGUCUUAACCAGCUCACAUCAGUAUUUUCUUUCUUCCCCCUACUUGUUUUGAUAGGUUUCUUUUCUCUCAAAUUGCACAAAAGUAAGCUGCAAAGCACAUUUUACUGUGUAGGCAUGUUUUAUAUUUUGCAUUUGACAGAGUCACUUUUAAGAAGUGAGAAGACUAUCUUUUGCACCUUUUUGCUUCUAUAUUAUGCGACUACAGAGACCUGAGUUAUAAAUUUUUCCUGUUUGCUUUUUCACAUUGGAUAAAAAGGAUCCUCUUUUCCAAAACCUUGAUAAGCUUGAAAAUUUAAUUAAAAAAAAGUAGGACUAGAUACUGAAAAGUAAGUCUUGCACACUAGAAGAUUAAUUGCCCUCAAUUUUAACUCCAGUAACUAAAAAUAUGAUUAAAAUUGCAUUUGCAAGGUUGGUACCUCAGGCUUUCAUUUGAGAUUUAGCAUCCCCAGCCAAAACUGAAGACAGAUAAGAAAUAGGAGAACUGAGGCAAUGGGUGUUUGAACAACUCAAUGUAUCAUAAGCUGAUAAAGGAUGAUAAAUCCUUUUCUCUACAGACCACAUCUUAAAUUAUUAUUAAAUCUUUGGCUUUAACUCUGUCUUUCUUGAUGGAUGUACUUGAGUCUUGAUCUUAACAUUGCAUUAAUGCCACUUAUUUAGAAGCAUACCUGCAGAUGCACGAUUGCUUGAUGUUUCUCUCCACAGUUUAAAUAGCAGCAUUCAUUUUGAUAGUCUAACUGGUCUCUAAAGAAAAAGCUUUCAAGCUAAGUUGGCCAUCUCUGAGGGGACUCUCCCCCUUCUCAGUUUUCUGCCUUACAUAACAAGUGGCAUUUAAAAAAAUCCUAUUUUAAAAGACUUUUGGGACUUUCUCAAACACACACAAGGUAUAUUUUGUACUGAACCCUUUGUAUUGCAAUAUAGAUUAUAAAGACCACUUUUAUAAACAUUUAAAUCAUUUCACUAUAAUUUUUUUAAAUGCUUCAAAACUAAAAUCAUGGUAGUCUGAGGGAGAAGGAAGCAUUAAAAACUUGGAUCGUAAAUGGAGGGCAGAAGUGGAGUUUUAAAGUACUUCUGUUUAUCUUUUUUAAUGACCUUACCUUCCAAUGCAUUAAAAUCAGGUUUCUGUU